AUGGCACCGAUCAACUUCAAAUUCGCCGUAGUGGCAGUGCUUGCAGGAUGCAUUCCAUCUGUGACUGCGGCACCCGCACCAGCUAGCAGCAGUACUGAUUCAAAAUGUAGGAAAACGUCUGUGGCGAUAUUAGGCGCAGGAAUGGCUGGCAUCACUGCUGCUCAAGCUUUGCACAACGCCUCAGUGUCGGAUUUCGUCAUCAUCGAGUAUCAAGAUCGAAUUGGUGGACGGGCAUGGCAUGGCAACUUUGGCAGCAAGUCAGAUGGAAGCCCAUAUGUCAUCGAGUAUGGGUGUAACUGGAUUCAAGGUCUCGGAAAUCCUGGAGGUCCGGAAAAUCCUGUGUAUUCACUAGCCAAAAAAUAUCAUCUCGCCAAUACCUACUCGGAUUAUGACUCCAUCUUGACCUACGACGAAACGGGCUACACCGACUACACUGAUCUCAUCGAUGAAUAUGGGACUGCAUACGAUAAAGCUGCCGCAAAAGCUGGUCGUUUGCUUCUCCAGAAUCUGCAGGAUCAGACCAUGCGCGCGGGCCUCUCGAUUGCCGGAUGGAAUCCGAAGCAUGGCGACAUGAAGAGACAGGCAGCUGAGUGGUGGAACUGGGAUUGGGAGGCUGCUUUCCCACCUGAAGAGUCGUCAUUCAUCUUUGGUGUUGCGGGCAGCAACGUCACCUUCAACCAGUUCAGUGACGCCAACAACCUUGUAAUCGACCCACGCGGCUACAGUGCCAUCAUUGACGGCGAGGCUUCUACGUUCCUCACCAAGAACGACACCCGUCUGUUGCUCAACACUCGCAUCACGAACAUUACCUACUCCGAUCAUGGCGUCACGGUAUACAACCACGACGGUAGCUGUGUAUCUGCGGAUUAUGCUAUUACAACAUUUUCAUUAGGCGUGCUUCAGAGUAACUCGAUUGGUUUUUCUCCAGAGUUACCGCUGUGGAAGAAGGAGUCGAUCCAGAACUUCGCAAUGGGCACAUACACAAAGAUCUUUUUGCAGUUUAACGAGACGUUUUGGCCCGAGGACACGCAGUAUUUCCUUUACGCUUCGCCUACUACGCGAGGUUAUUAUCCUGUUUGGCAGUCUCUCUCCACUGAAGGCUUCAUGCCGGGCUCUAACAUCAUUUUUGCAACUGUCAUUGGUGACGAAUCCUACCGUAUCGAGCAGCAGACGGACGAAGAGACAAAGGCAGAGGCAAUGGAAGUGCUCCGUCAAAUGUUCCCCAACGUGACUAUCCCGGAGCCCAUUGCGUUCACCUAUCCGCGCUGGACCUCUGAGCCGUGGUCUUUCGGAAGUUACUCAAAUUGGCCAGCGGGCACUUCAUUACUCGCUCAUCAGAAUCUGCGGGCUAAUGCCGGACGACUGUGGUUUGCAGGUGAGGCGACCAGUGCUGAGUACUUUGGAUUUCUGCACGGAGCCUGGUUUGAGGGCCGUGAGGCGGGUGCGCAAGUUGCCGCAUUGUUGCAAGGCAGACCUUGUGUGCAGUAUGAAAAUGGUAGACUCUGUGGAGAGAGGAAGCAUUAUGCCACGUUGACGGGGACUUCGCCGUUGAGUCAGUAUAGCUUACUGAACGGAUGGGCUGUGAGCAGUUUCUAUGAUAGUGGCGAUGAUUGA